AUUAAUGAUGUCUUUCUCCUCCUGCAGGCCAGUGAGAUGCCAAAACUGACUGAAACACUAGCAGCUCCUCUGAGACAAAUGCAGGAGUGUGCAAAGCGCAUAGCGAAGGUUUCUGCGGACGCCAAGCUGGAAGUGGACGAGGAGACGUACCUGAACCAGUUCAAGCCUCACCUGAUGGACGUGGUGUUCGCCUGGGCCAACGGGGCCACCUUCGCUCAGAUCUGCAAGAUGACCGACGUCUUCGAAGGGAGCAUCAUCCGCUGCAUGCGUCGUCUGGAGGAAGUCCUGAGACAGAUGUGUUCGGCUGCGAAGGCCAUCGGAAACACGGAGCUGGAGAACAAGUUCGCUGAAGGAAUAACGAAGAUCAAGAGGGACAUUGUGUUCGCUGCCAGUCUCUACCUUUAAUCUCCUCAGGAGUUUUAGUCAUCAUUAAGACCACACAUUUAUCUUUUUGUUGUCAUAUUUUUCACACUGGGCAAAUAACAUUUCAUCCCCAAAUGUUAGUUUAAUUGGCUUUUUAAUUUAUUUGUCCUUGAAAUUACUUGCUUUUUUCCAUCAGAAAAUGUGUCGUGAACUUUGCAAAUGUCCUGUUAUAAUGUAUUUAAUUGCAUAAUUAGGAUGUGAACAGAAGUGUUUUCCAUUCAUGCGUUUAUUAGUGGUUCAUAAUACAACAUUAUAUGGAUAUAUCUGCCUGGGGAGGUAAACAAAAAAGUCAUGCUUUCAUUUAACAACAUCUGUUCAUGAUAACAAGUGAAAUGGCUUUGAUUCUCCUUUUAGACAUUUGUACAUAUUUCUUUUCAAUAAAACUCUGUAUGGUGA